AUGGCAGAAGAACAAGAAUAUGAUAUAGAAAUAAAUGGACUUCAAGAUUUUGACUUAGUCACUAGUGUUAAUUUUAAAGAAGAAGAUUAUGAGUUAGAUGAAUAUGUUGAUAUUUUAAUGUCUGCAUAUGAGUAUCAUGUUAUGGAUUCAAUAAGACGAUUUAAAGAAACAGAAAGAGGAUUAGAAUUAGUUGAACAACGACUAAAAGAAAUUCAAAAAGAAAAUGAAGAAUUAGAAAAGAAAAUAAUUAAUUGA